AUGAAUCAAUACGAUGAUGAGGAGUGGAUUAUGCCACCCUCCUUAAGCUACCACGCCUCAUUAGAUAGCCACCAUCCUAUAGAGCAUCACACCUAUCCUUCACAACACAUCUCUCACCCAACAAGCGCAGUAUUAGAACAACCAUUGACAGUACUAUCAAGUCCAUCGUUUUCUCAAGAUCGUGAGCGGGACCUGCAAGACGAGGAAAGUCACUCAGUACCAGUUCUGCCUUCCUACCAAAUCAGCCAUCAAACGCUUUCCCACAUCCCGCCAACGCCCCCACCACAUACCCCUUCGAACCCUUUCAAGCGGCCAUAUCAACCAGAUCCAACACCAGCAUCUUCUCCCGGUCACCAAAACUCGCAAAUUCCAAACCCAAAGCGCCGGAAGUCGACUAGUAAGGAAGCUUGGACCAUGACAGAAGACGAUAACCUGCUCCUAAAGUUGAAGGAUGAGGAGGGCCUCCCAUGGAAAGCAAUUGCCCAGAAGUUCCGAGAUAUGAACAGAGGGGAAUUCAGGGUACCAACAUUACAAAUGAGGUACAAGAGGCUCAAGGAGAAAAUGCGGGUGUGGGACCUCGAAGAUGUUCAACUUUUGAAGGAAGCAAAGGACUACUUGGAAAAGCAAAAGUGGGAGCUUAUUUCCCAGAAGAUGCUCGAAUUGGGCUGCAAGAAGAAGAUACCGGCAUCAACCUGUGAGAAGAAGUGGAAAGAAAUCGCACCACAGCAGCCACAGGCUGCACAGACGUCACCCAUCCAAUGCCACGACAUGAAGCGAGAACAAUCACACUCAAGUGAUGAGGGUUUUUCUUUGAACGACAGAGAAGGAUUGUAA